UAGGUGCCGGACUGCGUUCACUGGCGCACAAUUCUUGAAAUACAUUGACGUCCGAGCCGCGCCAUCUUUAGAAAACAGUGAACCCAAUACUGAAUGAAAGUUAAUUUUCGUCGUUUAUCCGAGCAGUUCGCUGUAUGGAGUGAUCUCGUUUUAUUUCCAGGUGUUUGAUCAGUAGAUGUGAUCAUGGGGAUCAAAGUUCAGCGCGCUCGGUGCUUUCUUGACAUUGGCAUCAGUAAUGUGCUCGUCGGCAGAGUUGUGGUUGAAUUGUUUUCAGAAUUCUGUCCCAAAACAUGUGAAAACUUCAGAUGCCUCUGCACAGGUGAAAAAGGCAUCGGCAAAGGAACUAUGAAACCCUUGCACUACAAAGGAUGUGUGUUCCAUCGAGUUGUAAAAGACUUUAUGAUUCAAGGAGGAGACUUCAGCGAAGGUAAUGGAAAAGGAGGUGAAUCCAUCUAUGGAGGCUUUUUUGAAGAUGAAAGCUUCGCUGUUAAACACAACAAGAGCUACCUGCUGUCUAUGGCAAAUAGGGGCAAAGAUACAAAUGGAUCACAGUUUUUCAUAACAACAAAACCGUCACCACAUCUAGAUAGUGUCCAUGUGGUUUUUGGUCAUGUGAUUUCUGGCCAAGAGGUUGUUCAAACCAUGGAAAACCAGAAAACGGAUCCCAAUAGUAGACCAUAUGCUGACGUGAAAGUUUUGAACUGUGGAGAACUCAUCCCAAAGUCGAAAGCAAAGAAAGACGAAAAAAUAAGAGAGCGAGCCUCUUCCAGUUCCAGCAGUAGCUCCAGCGACUCUGAGAGCUCUUCAUCAUCCUCCUCUGAUUCUGAUGAAUCAGAGAAGGAAUCUAAGAAGAAGAAAAAGAAGGCGAAAAAGCUAAAAAAGAAACAGAAGAAGAAGAAGGAAAAGAAAAGGUCAGAGGCAGAAAGUGCUGAAGAGAAAGAACAAGAAGAGUUGGUUACUUCUACUGUACGUCCUGAAGAAAUUCCAACCAUCCCAGAGAAUCGAUUCCUCAUGAGGAGGAGUCCCCAGGUGGUCCAGAAUCCAAAAGAGGAGGCUGAAAAGUCUCAGCCGAAUAAAGAGGAAAGGCCCAGAGAGAGUUCUGGCAUAACAUAUAAUUCUCAGCCAUCAUAUCAUAAAAGACUGGCGAUGACACGAUCCGGGAGGAAGAUAAAAGGCAGGGGUCCAAGGCGCUAUCGGACUCCGUCUCCUUCAAGGUCCGGAGAUCGUUUCCAGCGCAGUGAAACCCCUCCACACUGGCGUCAGGAGUUGCAGCGUCAGAGGAUGAGGGCAGUCACCGGAGAACGCUGGAUUAAGGGUGACAAAGGGGACAUGAACGAGGCCAAGGAUGACGCUGCUAAAGCUCCAAGAAGAGAGAGGCGGACCUCCGACACAAAGCAUGACCACACAGCUGAGGGUAAAAAAGACAAGAAAACUCGGUCACAUAGAUCCAAAAGCAAAGAGGAAGACACUGUUGAGAAGGAUGAGAAGCAUAGCAAACACAAGGCAAAGAAAAGAGAUAAAUCUCAAAGCCGCAGCAAAAGCAGAGAAAAGAGUAGGAGGUCAAAAAGCAGAGAGAAGGGUCACAAGCACAAAAGUGAUGAUGGGAAAGGUCGCUCAAAGAGCAAAGACAAAAAUGAUAGUAAGAAAGAAAAGGAGUCAGAGCCCAAUAAAGAUAAAAAUAAGGGUCAUGACUCUGACAAAAAGCAAAAAGAGGACACCAAAGGAAGAAAUGGUGAGAGCCCUAGGACAAAGUCCAAAAGUAAGGAAAAACCAACUGCAAAAGAUGGCCGCAGAUCAAGUAGCAGGGACAGGAGCGGACCUGCAGUGUCUAAAGACAAAGAAGAAAAAUGCGAAAAAGACAGAGAGAGGGGCAAAGAGCGUAGCAGGAGUCAGGAAAGACGACACAACAAUGAAAGGGAGAACAAGAAGCGAGGGACAUCCAGGGAUAGGGAACAUAGAACAAGAAGUCCAGACAGAAAUAAGUCGAGAAACUCCCACAGAGGCAGGCGCUCCAGAAGCAGGAGUAGUAAGAGGGACCACAGCCGAGAUCGAUCCCCUCAUAGAAGAGACAGGGACAGAGAGUCUGCCAACCAAAGGAGAAGACGGAGCAGCAGCUCUGAGAGCGAUAGAGAUGAGAAAAGGAAGAGUCGAAAGAGUCCAGAUUCCAAACGGAGAGAAGCGAAUAGCACCUCCAAGUCCAAAGACAGGAGAAGUCCGGCCAAACCAAGACCAGAUAGUACAAAGGGCAAAGACCGAAACAACCGCAAGAGAAAUAAAAGCAGCUCUAGCUCAAGCUCUGACAGCGACUGAUCCUGUGAUGAUACCCGAAUAGAUUGGGAGUUUUGAAGUUUGUCCCCAUUUCACCCCAACUACAUAUGUAAGCAUAUGUAAGUAUGCAGCAUCAGCUUUCCAUCUAGAGUAGACUUAUCCACAUUCCUCAUUCAGUGCAUACAAUCCCACUCCACCCUUCAUCCAAAGCUAACAUGAUUGUACAAAAGUCCGUCAAGGGUUAUUUUCCAAACUGUUAAGAAGUGUGUGAAUACCACUCAAACGUACAAUGGCAGCCUGUAUCAUCAUGCGAGCUUUGGACUGCAUUCUGCCGCUGAAGGGGUUGUGGAUGUGUCCCCCAUCAAGUGCAUUACACUGUUGAUGUGUAGCUGAAGCCACGCAGACAGUUUGAGGAAGGAUUUCCUCAAGACUCUUAAAUUUGGCAAAUGUCUGAUUGGCAAAUCAUUUUUACAACAAUCAAGUUUCUUGCAUGCGUAUCUCUCAUCGUUUGAUGACAUAUGUACAUCCAUGACUUCUUUUUGGAUAUCUGUGACCUUGUACUGUAAUCCUAUUUGUCAACCGGUUUUGAGUUUGUUUGUUUUUAUAGACAGAACUGUCAGUCAUGCUGAAAGUACAAUAUGAAAUCAAUUUGUAUAAAUUGUGUUUUGUGCAAGUUGAUUUUAUGAACUCUACUGCCAUGUAGGAUGAAUUAAAAGGCUCAAAUUUGA